AUGAACGCCGCUGCGGUGGCCUCCAGCCAAGGACGGGGUCUCUUUCUCUUGCAGUUCCUGACAGAGCUCACCAGACUCUUUCAGAAGUGCAGAACGUCGGGGAGCGUUUUCAUAACGCUGAAGAAAUAUGAUGGCCGAACAAAACCAGUCCCACGCAAAGGCCACGUAGAAAGUUUUGAACCAGCAGACAAUAAGUGUCUUCUAAGAGCAACUGAUGGAAAGAAGAAAAUUAGCACAGUGGUGAGCUCAAAGGAAGUAAAUAAAUUCCAGAUGGCAUAUUCAAAUUUGCUGAGAGCUAACAUGGAUGGCUUGAAGAAAAAAGACAAGAAAAGCAAAAACAAGAAGAGUAAAGCAACACAGUGAUGGAACAGUGUCCUACCAUCACUAUAUAACGGACUCGAGCCUUGCUCAAAGCAAAGUCCAUUUCUUUUUGAGUUACCACUUGUCUUUGGCUUUCCUUCCAGCAGGAUACUGGGAUGCAAUCAGUACUUUUGUUUAAUCUGAGAGCAGAAGGUGCUUUCUAUGCAUUGUUGUAUGGCAGGAGUAUUUACAGGGUUAUACCGAAAUAGCUUUACACUCAGCUCUCAACUAGUUUUGUACUUAUACUACUGCUUGUUUUGUUAUUAUACAAGUGGGCAGUGUAAAAAUCUGUUGUGGGGGGUGGGUAACACAGGGUGAAGAGAAUGUACUGUACCAGGAGCAAAGUAAGACUGGAGCAGGAGUCUCAGUGACAGAUGCCCAGUUUUAUAGAAAACCCUCAGUAGUACUAGGGAAAGUGGGUGCCAACAUAUUAUCAGAAACACAGCUUUACUGUUUCUGUCUUAUUUUGAGGGACAUGUCUACAUGAUCCAGUGCAGAUACCCCAAAGGCAGCCAGCACAGUGCUUGAGCUCUUAGCAGAGCCGGGCAGCUGUGCCUUUGAUCCAUGCUGAUCCAGCUGUGCUGAC